AGGUCUCGGGCCCUCAGGCGGAGGGGCGGGCGCCGGACCCCCAGGCGGAGCGACAGGUCUCGGGCCCUCAGGCGGAGCGGCGGGCGCCGGACCCCCAGGCGGAGCGACAGGUCUCGGGCCCUCAGGCGGAGCGGCGGGCGCCGGACCCCCAGGCGGAGCGACAGGUCUCGGGCCCUCAGGCGGAGCGGCGGGCGCCGGACCCCCAGGCGGAGCGACAGGCGGAGCGACAGGUCUCAGGCCCCCAGGCGGGGCGGCGGGCGCCGGACCCCCAGGCGGAGCGGCGGGCGCCGGACCCCCAGGCGGAGCGACAGGUCUCGGGCCCCCAGGCGAAGCGGCGGGCACCGAGUCACCAGGCACGACAGUGGGCUCCGAGUCAACUGGCAUGACCGCUGGCACUGGGUCAGACAUUGGAUCGUCUGGCUGGACAGCGGGCAUCGGGUCACCAGGCAUCAGGUCAUUUGGCUCGAC